AUGGGCCGUCUUGAUAUCGAGGAAAAUACACGUCUUUUACACGACAAACUACGAUACUACUCUGCUCAGAAUCGUAUGUAUUCAUGCAAUAAAUUAAGUCUAAAAAUAAAUGGAUAGUAACAUUUAAUAUUUAUUCGGUAGGUACCUACUCUGUGGAUACAAUUGACAGGCUAAACAGAAAUUCUUUAAAAAUCAACAAUAGGUUCGUUGUAAGUCGUAAUUUGUGGUAAAAAAAAAAAAAAAAAAAAUUGAUCGUAAUGUUGAAUUUUAGAAUCGAUUUUUCGUUAGCGACGUUGCACACCAGUGUACAUUAAAUUCCCCUGUUAUCCGUCUUUUUUAAUAUAUAUUUUGCCCAUUUUUCAUGCACGUAUUGAACAAUGUUUAUUCGUUUUUUAGUGCAUGAAAAUCCCCAUCUUAAUAAAAUAUAAUAUACAUCACCUUUCCAAUUAUCCGCUUACAACAGUGGCCUGCCAUUAAGCAGUAUAUUAUCAACUUCGUUAGCGGUAUUUUCAUUUGUUACGUGUUCAAUUAAUUUGUUUGGAAAGUAUUGGAAAUUUCGAAAAUUGUUUUAAUCAAAGUAUCGCUGUCGGCCGGAAGUUCAGAGUAAAAACACAUCUUAACAAACCAAGUUUCAUUGAAUAAAAUCGAUACAUAUAUAUACAGUAUCGCUGUCGGCCAGAAGUUCAGAGUGAAAACACAUCUUAAUAAACCAAGUUCAAUUGAAUAAGAUUGAUAUAUAUAUACGUGUAAAUAUGUAAGAGCAUUAUAUCGUACAUGUAAAAUGUACUAAUAUAUAAUAAUGCAGGUAACACAACCUCGGUCAACGUAUUCGACGGUGGAUGAAUUUAAGAUGCCUACUGGCUAUUUAUUAUUAUAGACUCGGUUUGACUGAUGUUUUAAUAAUUGUUCGUUUUUUCUUCCUCACAGCGUUGUUAUCGAUCGCGACGUGCUCUUCGGAAUCCAUUCAAAUCACUCCCAACGACAUAGAACCAGUCAGGGACGAACACUCCAAGUACGGCGUGACAUGCCACGGUCCGGACCUCCACGAUUUCCAAUGGCGCGGUCCCUAUGGUUUAAUAUCGCAGGACCCGCUAUUAAGGUGAGUCUAUACGAUUAUUAUUAUAUUUUUCGUCACCCAUUAAAAUAUUAUUAUUCCCAAAAAUUAUUGUAAUAUUAACAUUGACAUAAUUCAUAUAUUAAUUAUGGUUUCCCCUUCGAACCCCGGAUACAAAUUUUUGGUCCUGGGGCGAAGAACGGUUUAAUUAGAUUUCGUGUAGUUUUCAAGCAAAUUACAUUUUGAAAAUGAUUAAAAGUGAAAAUUAAACAUUUGUUUUCCCGCUUGGAAUAUAUGUAUUAUUAGUUUUCAUUAUAAUGUAUUAUGGUAAUUUAAUGAUUUUAAUAUUAAGUAGUUACAUUAUAGCUGUACUUUCUCAAUUUGUAUUUUAUAUCAUAACGGUCUUAUACCUUAUUCCGUAUUAUUCCACCCGUAAGAUUUAAUACACCUUGAAUUAACUAUUAAUUUUAAUGAGUUUAUAACAAUAGGUGUUAAAAUGCUUAAUUUUAACUUUUGUAUUUUUAUAUGUCAAUAAUAAAAUCGUUAACGUUAAAAUAAAACAAUUUAAAUAUAAUUAUAAAAUGCCAAUUUGAAAAUAGUUAAACUGAUAUAUUACUAUUUGAAAAAAAAGUUUUUCGUUCUAUAAAUCACUUAUAUCUUUUUAUCCAAACAAAAUAAACAUUAUAGUGACUUGAUAUAUUUUAACUGUCAGUAUAAAAUGUACAUAAACUUAUGAUGUUAUUUAAAUCAAAAUGUAGAAGGAAAACAAUUAUACAGGACACUGUAUGGGUCACUGUUGUAGAUGAAAAGUUUAGAAGGUAGGAUAUAGAGGAGAUUUUAAUGUGUUUUUGUAUGCAACAAUUAAUCACUACUAACGAAAAACGAUUCUGUGCGGAAUUCGCGGUUAUGCAUGUUUUAAAAGGCACAUAUUUAUGAUUUUCGUCAAAAUUUGAUAUUAAAAUUUUUAUAAGAAAAACACGAAUCUUAAAACUCAAUUAUUUCUUAUUUACCUCUAAGUAUAAAUUAUAAUGAACCUCCUGUUAAACUUUCAAGUAUUUCUAUUUGGUUUACCAUUACAUUUUAUCCUAAACUAACCUACCGAAUAAAUAUUAUGUAAAAAUCUCGCAAAAUUAAAAUGUCUUUAAAUAUCACAAAAAUGGAUAAAGUGUUAUGAACAUUUUAACACGUCUAUAAAAUGCAAAUAUAAGACUCCUGUCUGAAUUUAGAGUCUCUACGAACAUUUUUAACUGAGUUAAAACAAAAAACAAAAUUAAAAUAAGAAAAACAUCAUUUUCGUAAAUUAGCACGUUUUUUUUCCCAAUGAUUUAUUUAUUUUAUUUUAAAAACUACCCUCUAUAAAGUACCUAUAUUAGAUACAGUUUUUAAUUUCAGAAAAAGUGCUACAUUUGAAAAACAAGAUUUCUGGUAGAAUUAUUGUACACAGUAUAAAAAUAAACAUUAUCGUAAAACCAAUACAUUCCUAUGUCUUCGCUUAGAUUCUGAUAUGUCAACAUUCGAAUUACUCGAUCUUCUUCUCUCGGAAUGAUGAGAAGUAUUUCAUUGUAUUCGCGCUUGGACUACGUUUUUACAACUAAAAUUAUAAUUAUUUUUAUUUUAUUUUUAUAUAUAUAUAUAUAUAUAUUUGUAAAAACAAACCAUAAUCCCCGCUUACUAUUUAAAAAAAAAAAAAAACCAUUCAACAAAACAUCAUUUAACAAAAAAGAAAAACGCAUAUUUUACCCCAUUGUUUGUUUAAUAUAUAAUAUUAUUUACCGAGAAAUACAGGAUUCUUUUUGAUCGUCUGUAGCUUUAGCUUUUUAUAUUAUGUGUACAUCAUAUUACUUAUUGUGUGUUGAUCGAAAAACGCUUACAAAAAUUAUAAUUCCCGCAGUCAAACAUCACUAUUUCAUUAUUAUCUCUGGUUUCGUUAUUAAAUAUUCCGAACUCAGUGUCUGUUUGUUAAUAUUGUUCGAUAAAAAGGGUUGGUACUUACGUAUUUUCAUUUAUUUAUUUUCUUUUUUUAUCUUUUUGGGGUCGAAGACAAUACGAAUAGUUUAUUAUUUAUUUGUUUAUAUUAUAACAAAACGGGUCGCGGCCUAAACUGCAGUACAAUAUUUUUAUGUAUAGGUAUAUAUAUAUAUCUAAGCCUAACAUUGUUUACAAGGUAAUAUCAAUAAUUGUUCUAUGUGUAUUUAUUUUUUAAAUAUUCUCGUGGUGUUUUCUUUUUAUUAUGUAAUAAGUUAUUAGUUAUAGGUAAUGCUUAUUGGUUAGUAGCUUAUUAUUCUAAUACAAGUAAUACCUAUGCGUAAUUUGUACCUACAAAAAUCGAUACAAAUAAUGGAAUGUUAUUAUAAUACAAUAUAUUGUUUUUCUUAUGACUUAUAGCAGGGGUCGGUAACCUGUGGCUCGCGAGCCAUAUGUGGCUCUUUCGAUCUUAAGUUGCGGCUCUUCAGUUCCACACGCAAAAAUUAAUUAUUUUAUGGUCAAAAACAACAUUUUAUAAUAUAAAAAAAUAGAUAUUAUUUUUGUUGCUUUUGGAAACAUGAAAUAAUACAUAACAAUAACUUGAUAGUAACCGCACGGCGCACAAGCUAUAGUAGUUAUCGGAAGAAGUUGAAAAAAAAAUUACUUACUUUUGGUGAAGACAUGGGGAGCGGUAAAUUACUAUAUUUUAAAAAUCUGAAGCAAUAUCGCAAUGAAACAAAUGCAACUAUUGACAUAAAUUUUUUCUGCAUAACUAUAAAAAAAAAAAUGAAGGAUAAAUUUGCCAAAUGAUUUGAGCAAUUCAAAACAAACAAAAGUACUCUAGUACUUCAUUAGUUCAUAGUAAACCCACUCAACACAAACACACAUGAGGUCAACAUUGAACCAUUUGGAAUUGAUGCUGGAUCAUUUCAAAUACAAUGCUGGAUUUAAAAAGACUUGUGGAGUGGCAAGUUCACAGAACUCAAGAGCAAGUUGGAAGAUCUGGGGGUCCAGAAAUGCAUGCACGUUACGCAAAACAAGUGGACAGCUCUGAAAGAAAUGCCGCGACAAGAGAAAUUUAUAUUCAACGCAUGGAAUAG